GUGAGACAGAAAGGGAGAGGGAAAGAGAGAAGGAGAGAGAAUAUGUGAGAGGAAGAGAGAAGGAUGGAGAGAAAGAGAUUCCAUCCGACUUCAUCCUUUAAAGAGCAGCUUCCGGCAAGGAUUAUCUCGUCAACACACCAGUUCAAACACAGUUACCUCCCUUUCUGUUGUCUCGCCGCUAGACGUCGCUCAUGAAACAAACAACAGUUUGGCUUCAUGAAAGGUACAAUAAGUCUGCCCACGUGACGAAUCCUCGUCAAGAAGUCGUCUGCGAUGACAACAGUUAUUACACACCAGUAAGACAACAUGCACACCACUAGGUUAACUGUCAUAUUCUUUCCUGAAGUCGUCAUGACAUUCCGAAGUUUCUAGAACCCAUCGAUGCCAGGUUAUUUCUGUACAAAACACAAACAUUUCAGAGGAAUAUGCAAGCUUGAAUGAGUUCACCCAACUUUUGCAACCUUUUCCCGAAAUGUGAACCUGAAGUCCGCGCCAGUGGAUCCCCACAAACAAACGGGAGGAAAAGCCGUUGUCCUGCCUUCGAAGGUUGUGCUAUAAAACGGCCAGUUUUUCUUUCGAAUGACAAUUCUGAUAGACCAUGUGAAAAUCUACUCAGGCAGUUUUCAACGAUUAGAAACAUCAAAAAGAGAACAACUUCCAGCAAUGAACGCAGCGGCAGCCAUCUUGUUCGUCUGCAUCGUGAACGUUGUACACCGCACUGAGGGUGUUCCUAAGGAUGGUAAGCCAGACGACACGUUCUACGACUGCACGGGCCUGGACGAUGGCCUGUACAUCGGCGACUGCACCCACUUCUACAGGUGCGAGAACGAGACGACCCGGAUGUUGCCUUGUCCUGGCAAGCUGGUGGUCAACGAGAAGCAGAUGUGGUGCGACUACAAGUCCUUGGUAAAGCCUCCGUGUGGCACGGCUCCCAAUUGCACUGGCAUCAUCGAUGGCAACUACCCAGACUUUUCGAGCCGGUGUCAACAGUUUUACACGUGCCUGCACGAGGAGUUCUAUGGAUACACCAAAUGUGCUGCGAGUCUGAUCUUUAACCCCGAGAAGAACAACUGUGAUUGGCCCUUCUUGGUAAAGCCUCCUUGCGGAACAGGAAGUGAACGCGUCUGGCCUUCUAAGCCGGAUGAGAAUUCAGCAGUUUGAGGAUUUUGAUUGAUUUAAAGACAAGAUAUAUAUAUCGGAAGCAACCAACGCACUAACAUUGAACAACGUUUAAUAAGAAUUUGACAGAAUGUAAAAAUCAGUUCAUUUAAUCUAAUGAAAUCAGAAAUUUACAAUCCGUCAUAUCAAUCGAAAAUAAACAUGUUUUAGAGACUGUG